UGGGUUAUCAGUAUGGCAGCGCUGCGAACAGCCGCUUCCAGACUUCUUGCGUGGAGAUUGCUGGGAGGAAGGAAAUGGUCUACCAUAUCCCCAGCUGCUUUGCGCUCUUUUCACUUCACUGUGUACGGGAAGAAGGAUGCAUCAGCUAAAUUUUCAGAUUCGAUUUCAACCCAGUAUCCCGUUGUAGACCAUGAAUUUGAUGCGGUUGUUGUUGGGGCAGGUGGAGCUGGGCUUCGAGCAGCAUUUGGCUUGUCUGAGGCAGGGUUCAGCACGGCCUGUAUCACCAAGCUCUUUCCUACAAGAUCUCACACCGUUGCAGCCCAGGGUGGGAUAAAUGCUGCUCUUGGAAACAUGGAAGCAGAUGACUGGAGGUGGCACUUCUAUGACACAGUGAAAGGUUCUGACUGGCUUGGUGACCAGGAUGCCAUCCAUUACAUGACUGAGCAAGCACCUGCUUCAGUAAUCGAGCUGGAAAGUUAUGGAAUGCCUUUCAGCCGGACAGAAGAAGGGAAGAUCUACCAGCGUGCUUUUGGAGGACAGUCUCUUAAGUACGGAAAAGGAGGGCAGGCUCACCGAUGCUGCUGUGUGGCUGACAGGACCGGACACUCGUUGCUUCAUACUUUGUAUGGGAGGUCAUUGAGAUAUGAUACCAGCUACUUUGUGGAGUAUUUUGCUUUGGACCUGUUGAUGGAAAAUGGGGAGUGUCGUGGUGUAAUCGCACUAUGCAUAGAGGAUGGAUCCAUACAUCGUUUCAGGGCAAAGAACACGGUUAUUGCUACUGGGGGAUAUGGGCGAACCUAUUUCAGCUGCACUUCUGCCCAUACCAGCACUGGUGAUGGCACAGCCAUGGUGACAAGAGCUGGGCUUCCCUGCCAAGACUUGGAAUUUGUUCAGUUUCACCCAACAGGUAUUUAUGGAGCUGGCUGUCUGAUCUCAGAGGGCUGUCGUGGAGAGGGAGGUAUUCUUAUCAACAGUGAAGGGGAACGGUUUAUGGAACGAUAUGCACCGGUAGCAAAGGACCUGGCUUCACGUGAUGUUGUGUGCCGUUCUAUGACCAUUGAAAUUCGCGAAGGAAGAGGCUGUGGCCCAGACAAGGAUCAUGUCUACCUUCAGCUUCAUCACCUCCCAUCUCAGCAGCUGGCUACUCGCCUGCCAGGAAUUUCUGAAACGGCCAUGAUCUUUGCAGGUGUCGACGUCACAAAGGAGCCUAUUCCUGUCCUCCCAACCGUCCAUUAUAACAUGGGUGGGAUCCCAACAAAUUACAAAGGCCAGGCUAUUAUUCACGUCAAUGGGGAAGACAAAGUGGUUCCUGGUCUAUAUGCAUGUGGCGAGGCUGCAUCAGCCUCUGUACAUGGAGCCAACAGACUUGGUGCAAACUCCCUCCUGGACCUGGUUGUCUUUGGUCGUGCCUGUGCUCUGAGCAUUGCAGAGUCAUGCAAGCCUGGUGAGCCCAUAGCGUCCAUUAAACCAAACGCUGGAGAGGAAUCUGUUGCAAAUCUGGAUAAAUUACGGUUUGCCAAUGGAAGCACAAGAACCUCUGAGCUUAGACUCAACAUGCAGAAGACUAUGCAGAGUAAUGCUGCAGUCUUCAGAACUGGUUCUAUAUUACAAGAAGGGUGUGAAAAGCUGAGUCAAAUUAACGCUGCCAUGGAUGAUAUAAAAACAUUUGACAGAGGUAUUGUCUGGAACACAGACUUGAUUGAGACACUUGAAUUGCAAAACCUGAUAUCGUGUGCUCUCCAGACUAUUUAUGCUGCAGAGGCUCGUAAAGAAAGCCGCGGGGCUCAUGCCCGAGAGGAUUUCAAGGUUCGAAUAGAUGAGUAUGAUUAUUCAAAACCACUCCAAGGCCAGAAGAAGAAACCCUUUGAGGAACAUUGGAGGAAGCACACACUCUCAUUUGUGGACAAUAAAGGCAAGGUCACCUUGCAGUACAGACCUGUCAUUGACUCAACUUUAAAUGAAGAAGACUGCGCUUCAGUUCCCCCAGCCAUCCGUUAUUAUUAGUUCUCCUACCACGUUUCCUGAAUUGCUUAGUUCAUAAUAUAUAAUAAUCAGUGUGUUUUAGUGUUUCUUUGCACAUAAUGAUGGUGCUUGGUAACCUAUUAAAGAGCAUGUUCAUUCAAAGGCACACAGUCAUAUUUGACAUGCCUUCAUAUGUCUAAGCAUUGCAAAUUCUGUAUGAUUCUCUAUAGUGAAGGGUUAAUCCACACAAAAAAGUGCUUAGUCAAAAUCCUAUUUAGGCUUUUCCUGUGCAGCAGAAAGUUAACCAGCAUCAUAAUAUACUGCAAAGUUUGUUUUUUUGGAUGCCUCUUGCUAUCCUGCAAAAGGUAAGCCAAUAUACAAAUAUGCUAACUUUUAACCAUUUCCCUUUUUGCAAGUUUGAACAAAUGUGGUAUAGGAAGGGAAUAUGCCCCUAACGGCUUCCACCCAAUACAUAGGACCCACGUUAAGAACAAAACUUCAAUAUUAUGUUUAAAAAAUAAAAUAAAAAUGGGUAUUACUAAAAAAAUAAUGCAUAUUUUUGAUGCUAAAAAAAUAACUUGUGAAUGUUUAGUCUAACCAAACAAGCAACAUCAGUAUAUCUUGUCAUGGGCUUAAUAAUAAAUUUGUGCAAGAGAUUACACAUUUAAGAUUCCUCCUUCAGUAAAUCCUCCCAGGUUUAAAGAUGUGACUUUGGAUAGUCAUGUAACAUUUAGUACCGAUCUUCUUGUGCUACACCUCAUGUGUUCUGUGCUGCCAAAACCCGUACUGAUAAAAUUCAUUUCAUUUUGAAUAGUUAGAGAGGAAAUGCGCUGUAUAGUUAGUUAUGUUUAACUGAACUCACUGAAAUAAACUUUGAUUAAGUUUA